UUUCUAACUUUCGUUGGUUUGUAUUAAGACAAAGAGAAAGGUAGCAUUGUACCGGAUCGUUAAGCAAAUUAAUUAAAUCAAUUUCUAAAGAAAAUAGGUGUCGUGUUUACAACUGUUUCGACACCAUUUUAACUCUAGUGAACUUAAACAUACACAUGCACAGUCGAUAUGGCUGACGGGCUAACAGAGGAUCAAAUAACAGAAAUUAAAGAAUGUUUUACAUUGUUUGAUAAGGACAAUGAUGGUUUUAUCAAUCCACAAGAGCUAGGUACAGUAAUGAGAGCGUUAGGACAGAGUCCAUCAGAGGCUGAAAUAGAAAUGUUAACUAAAAACUAUGAUGAAGGUGGUAACCAAACUAUAGACUUUUCUGAAAUGUUGAGUAUAAUGUCAACUCGAAUGAAACCAAAAGACCCUAUGACUGAACUUCAAGAAGCGUUUAAAGUUUUCGAUAAGGAUGGGAAAGGAUAUAUUGAUUCCAAACAUUUUAGACAUCUAAUGACAACUAUGGGUGAAGUUAUGUCAAAUGCAGAAAUAGAGGAAUUAAUUCAAGAAGCAGAUAAAGACGGCGAGGGGAAAAUUAAUUACGAGGAGUUUGUGAUGACGGUGACAUCAAAAUGAUAAAGACACAGUCAUAUAAAUUGAAGAUUUGAACAGUUUUAACUUUGACAAGCAUUUAUUUAUUAUGUAUUAAAAUAGUACACAUCUGUCCUUCACUACAAGAAACAAAAGUUUUUAAUUUUCCGAAAUAAACGUUUUCGCAUAACAACUCUUGGAAAGUGAAGAUUUUUUUUAUAAUUUAUUACAUUUAUUAGAAAGAUAAAAUUGACACUCUG